CUGCGCAGUGUGUCGCUGCCAUUACAAGGCUGUGCCUCCCGCUCCUCUUCCGGGUUCCUUGCGUUGUGGUUGGGCUCAGCGCUCGGUGCCAUCGGCUGCCAACCAAUCACAGAGCGUCCGGCAGCUAGGCCGAGGUGUGUGACUGGACGAGUGGAUGAUGGGCAUUACCCAGACUCGAGUUCUUACCACGACCGCCGUCGCCGCUGCCCUCGGAAGUAUAUUGCUGUCCCGCUGGUUCCGCAGCCGCCCGCCAGCAAUGGUGGCUCACGUCAAAGCGCUGACCUCCCCUUACCCCGGCUCCAAGGUGGAGAGGUGGCCAGUCCCUGAAGAGAAGGUCAGCUGGUCCGUCAAUUGGCCGGAGUAUCAGCCCGUGGAAUACACCGCCCCUUCUGUCCUUGCCCAGCCGCCCUGGGCCGACCCUCCGCACAGCUCUGAAGGCUUCUGCCCACAAUACAACGCGCUCGAUGGAAAAGUGGAGAGAGCCAGUUUUGAAGGGACAUAUGAAGUGAUGAACGGAUCCCCGAGAAACCCCUCGGGGCGGACAGGAGUGAUAGGAAGAGGAUUACUAGGCCGAUGGGGACCUAACCAUGCAGCAGACCCAAUCAUCACAAGGUGGAAACGCGAUGCUGCAGGAGGGAAGGUGGUGCACCCCGACUCCGGGAACCCCUGGUUACAGUUUGUAGCUAUACAGAGGAAGGACUGUGGCCAGUGGGCCAUCCCCGGGGGAAUGGUGGACCCCGGGGAGCUGAUGACGGCUGCGCUGUGCAGGGAGUUCUGUGAGGAAGCCUUGAACUCUUUGGAGAGGACGGGAGAAGAGCCGGACACAGAGCAGAAGAUCAAGAGCAUCUUCUCUCAGGAUCACUUACUGGUAUACAGGGGGUAUGUGGAUGACCCCCGUAACACAGAUAAUGCCUGGAUGGAGACCCAAGCCGUCAACUACCACGAUGAGACAGGGCACAUCCUGGACACGUUGGCCUUAGAAGCCGGUGACGACGCGGGCAAGGUGCAGUGGGCGGACAUCAGCAGCAGCUGCAGCCUGUAUGCCAACCAUGCCCAGUUCAUUCAGCUUGUGGCAGAGAAGAGGGGUGCCCACUGGUAGUUGCUGCUUGUGUGUAUUUUCUGGUGCCCGGGCUACAGCGAGCAGCAGUCACUGUAUAAACUGUACCCAACGUGCAAUUAUUCCAGAGGUCUCCAAAAGGCGGCACAGACGGACACAACGGCGAUGGAUUCUCCAUCUGUUCUCGGCUCAGGGAGGAGACUCCUUUCAACCUUUGGAAUGUAAUAAAGUAAAAGUUUCCGUAU